AUGUCUACCUUCACUGCACUGCCACCGAAUUUGUGCUCUGAUAGAAAGUCGGCGGUUGGUGCUCACUAUACCACUGGGGAUUUCAGGGCGGAUGUUGAAAUUGUUUUGUUGCUUCAGCAAGCAAACACUGAUCAAAUCGAGAGUGCACGUCAAUUGUUUUGGAAAAGUUUUUUUUAUAUAUGUAUUUCGCGCUAACAGGUUUAGGUCUACCUUUACCAUUGUAGACUAUGAUUCAUCUAACCCUGAUUAUGAACACGUGCCAUACUGGCUACACGAAUAUGGCAUCAGUAGUAUCCUAUUCAGUUUAACUUUCAGUGGUUGGAAUGACAUUCUGUAUCCAUCUUUAAUUUUGUCCGUUUGAUUACGCAACUUCGGCGCCCUCUUCCCAUCCCCCUUCCCUUUAAAUUAACCAAAAUAUCAGGUACUUUCGUUGCACUGCGCGGGAGAAACUUAUAUGCUCUCAUUUAUUGGUUGAUUUAUCUGAACCCUCGCUUCUAUUGGACGAGGCCCUUGUCAAUCUUAAAGAGCGCGCCUCACAGCGUUUGAAAAUCAUUGGAUGUGGACGUCCUCUUCGAGCCGGAUAUUACGAAUGUUCCAAACUUGUCAUUGGUUACUGUGUAUUACACAUCGUUCUAACACACAUUUGAGUUAAUGUAAUAGGUUGUUUCCGCUGCAACGAAGGAGUGUUCUUUAACAAUCUCGCAGUUGAUUCGCUGAACAGACCGCCCGAGCGCGAUUUGUAACGCGGGAAAAGUGGUUCAGUAUCCGGCGAACAAUAUUCAUUCGACAGAACAGAAAACAGCCGGAGACAGAACGCAGAACGUUGAAAUAGAAUGUCAUUACAUGGCAUCUAAGAAAAGCCUGAAAACACUGCACACCUUGACUUUGUUCUGGAAAUGAAUGAUUUUUGUAAAAGUAAUCGAAGGUUUUAUCAGGAAUACUCAGCUAUUCGUCUUGUGUGGAUGGAGAAGACUUUCCCCUGGGCGUGAAUUUUGGAAGAGUUAACUUUUAAUCAUCCUGUAAGCAGAGGUAUUUUAUUCCAGUAUUUUUUUUGUAGAGCAGAGUUCACUUCAGUUUUAUUAAGGCUUGAAGGAAAUACAGAUUUGCCACGAUGGCAGAAGGCAAUAAUUCUCCUCAAGUGAUUUUUUGCAACGAUUCACCCAAACGAGUGCUGGUGUCUGUCAUCAAGACCACCCCGAUCAAACCCCCAAAGACCGACUCACUGAUGCCAACGAGUCCAGGUUUCAGCGACUUCAUGGUCUACCCGUGGAAAUGGGGUGAGAACGCGCACAAUGUGACACUCAGCCCCGGCUCGGGGGCCGGGCCCGCCUCACCUACACGGAGCGUCUCCGCGGGCGAGACUACGCUGCUUGACCACGCUGCUUGUCCUGACCACAUCAAGGAUGGCAUGCGCCGUGGGCGUCCGCGUGCUGACACGGUACGCGAGCUGAUCUCAGAGGGCGAGAACUCCAACAGCAGAAUCCGCUGCAACAUCUGCCAGCGCGUGUUCCCUCGGGAGAAAUCACUACAGGCUCACAAGCGUACACACACAGGGGAAAGACCUUAUCUCUGUGACUAUCCGGGUUGUGAGAAGGCUUUUGUCCAGAGCGGUCAGCUGAAGACACACCAGCGCCUUCAUACAGGAGAGAAGCCAUUUGUCUGCUCAGAGAAGGCCUGUGGCAGUCGCUUCACCCAUGCCAACCGCCACUGCCCCAAACACCCGUAUGCCCGCCUCAAGAGAGAGGAGCCAACCGAGGGCCCAGGGAAGGCCCACGGUGUUGACAACAAGGCCGUAGCAGAGUGGCUAGCCAAGUACUGGGAGACCCGUGAGCAGCGUGUCCCCCCACCCACUAAGGGCAAAUCAGUUGGGAAGGGGGGCCUGGAGGACCAGGAACAGCAGGAUCCCAUGGAAUACAUGCAGUCCGACGACGAGGAGGAGGAGACCUCUCCAGGCGAAGAGAAGUCCGGCGGUGGCGGCGGGGCGGCUAGACGCCGUCUGCAGGAGCAGCGGGAGCGUCUGCACGGGGCACUGGCCCUCAUCGAGCUGGCCAACAACCUGUCUCCGUGACGACCUAACGUACCCUGUACACACACCCGCCCCCAAGGGUGGAACCUAAGCUAAAAGCACCUUAUUUUCCGCUUCCAGUUGUACUCGUAUCUUAGAGCUGCUAUGACGGUAGAUGUCAUUAUUGUUAUCAUUAUAUGAAGAAUGUUCUCUGCCGUUGUUUCAAAGACAGAGUGGGACGAGAGCAGAAAGCCUGUUUUGGUUGGUGUCUUUGUUAUUUUGCACUUUUUUGUUGUUGUAACGAGUUUUUGUGCUUUGUUUUGAAUUGUUUUGUACCGUGUUUUUAGUGGUCUGACAGUGUGCAAAGUGUGUUUGUGUGUGUGUGUGUGUGUGUGUGUGUGUGUACAUAUGUGGAUUUGGGUGGGGAAAACACAGGGUGUAUUAAGAUGUCGGUAGGAAGAGUAGUCUCCACUUUGAUGGUAAAUUCAUGUUGAGAGUCCAUACAGGUGGUGGUGAUGGAGGCGGAACACAAGAGAGUUCCAGAAGAGAGGCUCAGAAAGGCUACUGUCUUUUAUAUUAAAAGCUAGCUAGCUUACGGAAAUCAUUAGUCUCUUAAUGGACACACAUCUAUUCAGUGCACCUAUUGUGGUUUGUCUUUAGCUAUUAUUUAACACUGCUAAGUUGAUCAUGUAACUCCAUUUUCAGAUUGAGGUGUCAGAUGCAGGCCUUUUACAUCAGUCGGCAGUUCUGCAGGGAUGUUUUGGGGAGCUGUGGUGUAUACUAGAUGUUUUUCCGCAAGUCUUACCCCGCCCAGCUCGAGAACUUCUUCGAUGAGAACCCAUAAAUCCCUCUAGAACACACUCGGGAACAGCUUCCUGCCUGAAGCCUUCGUCGGGUGGAUAAUUAAAUUACCCUCGGAAGGUGGCAGGCCGGUGGGCUGAGGAUUGUGGGUAGUGUAGUACAGAUAGGGGGUCCUUCUAAACAAACAGCUCUUCCUGGCGUCUCCCUGAGCUGACUUGCAAAGUCACUCAGAUCCUCUGGUGCUGUGUGAAGAAAUGGCACUUAUCUGUUGGUUCAGUAACGGACGGCUUCACCAGACCAUCACCAUCAUCAUCCUCUCUCUGCUCUUCCUCUUCUAGUCUUUCUCCAUGCAACACUACAUAACAGGCCUCCAGGAGUCAGCGCCCCGUUUGGAAUAGUGUUGUGCGUUUCACACCUCUGUUUCUCUGCACAUUUGGCAUGCAGCAGAAACAGUGACUUGGCCAGCCGAGUCAUUUAUGUGUGUGUUAAUACUGGAAAACCCCUUUUGUAUUGGCAAUCAACACCAAAUUAAGUCUUAUCUAAAGCUAAAGUAAAAAAUGAAAUGAUUUUAAUCUAAUUUUCUUAUUUUCCUUUUCUUUUUUUUCUUUUUUUACAUUUAACUAAAGUUAAUAUAUCACAGAAUCACUUGGAGAUGGCAAAACAAAAUGAUUUAGGAAGUGCUUAGACCAUUUUCUUGAUAACAGAAUGUAAUCCAGGUCCUGUUCAUUUGUGUUGUGUCGUUGUAAGCGGAGAAGGCUGUCGCCGUGGGGACCAGACAAUGAAAAUGGAAUGUUUCGACCCUCUUUUGGCAACACAUAGUACUAGGUAGAGCCUGUUGCUUCUCAUUAAAUAUUAUAUCUAUAUGUACUCUUGAGUCUUGACUGAUUUGUAGAUGUUCAAAUGUUCAUUUGUAUGUAAAUGUCACAGUCGGAUGAAUCCCACAUUUACACUGGAUAUCGGUUGACAGUUCAGAACUAAAAAGAUGUUCACAAAGUGUAGUGAUAUACUUAAUACCUUUACACAUACAGUUAUUGGAUACAUUAAUACCUUUACAAAUACAGUUAUUGGCAUUAGAAAGCUAAACUUGUGGCCAACACCACAAUGUCUUGCAGUGUUCAAUAAACCAGUACUAUUGAUCCCAUUCUGUGCGUA